AUGAUACAAGCUACCGUAUUUCCUGUUGGUCUAAUUUUGAUUAUUAUGACCAGUGUUGAAUUAUUUACUGGUAACACCAUGAUAUUAAUGAUAUCAACGUUAGAUAGAAAAACAACAUUGCUUAAUCUUAUCAUUUCAUGGAUAGUCUUGUACUGUGGAAAUUUUGCUGGCUGUCUAUUUUGCUCCGGUAUACUUGUUUACUAUGUCGGUAUUCUAUCUAAUGAUCCUUAUCUUUCAUUUACUGUGCAACUUGCUGCAGUAAAAGGUAACAUUGAAUGGCAUCAAAUAUUUUUAAGAGGUAUUGCCGGUGAUUGGCUUAUUUGUCUUGGAAUAUCGUUGACUAUAAGUACGCGUGAAUUACAUUCAAAAAUAAUCGCUAUUUACUUGCCUAUAUGGUUUCUUAUUUCUGUUGGAUAUGAACACUCGAUUGCCAAUAUGUUUACUGUUCAAAUGGUCACACUUGGAAAUAUUGUUGGCGGAACAUUUUUUGUUGGUUUUUUAUACUGGUAUCUUUACAUGCCCAAGAAGACUGAUACUGAGACUAACGAUAAUGAUAAAUCAUCGGCUGACGACUGUUAA